GUUCCCGACCCUGAGCACCCCGAGCCCUUCCGACUGUCUGAGCCGCACCACAAGCACCAGAAGCAGAAGCUGGAGGAGCGACUGAGCUUCACGGCGCUCUUCCUCCCCGUGGCACGCAGUUCACAGGCUCUCCCUUUCUUUGAGGCUCUGGAGCAGCUGGACCUCACCCUUGAUAACGUGACUGUGGCAGCUGUUGACCUUGGCCUCAAGUACGCACUCUUCGACAAGCUCCUGCUGGCCAACUCUUACCUCCUGGGCGUGGGGGGCGGGGUGGUGCUGCUCCUCAUGUGGUGCUACACUGGCUCGCUCUUCAUCACCGUCAUCACCAUCACCACCGUGGCCUGCGCCCUCAUCAUCGCCUACUUCAUGUACAUUUUCAUCUAUGAGAUCGCUUUCUUCCCCUACAUGAACGUCCUCACAACAGUCAUUGCAGUGGGCCUAGGAGCGGAUGACACCUUUGUGUACUGCCGUGUGUGGACGCUUGCCAAGCAGGACAAGAACGCAGGCACGAUGGUGAAGUUGGUGGCAGACACCUUCCAUCACGCAGCUGCUUCCAUUGCUGUCACCUCCCUCACCACCGCUGCAGCCUUCCUGGCAUCCUGCGUCUCCCACAUCACUGCCAUCCGCUGCUUCAGCAUUUUUGCCGGGACGGUGGUGUUGGCCAACCUGCUGCUGAUGCUGACGUGGGUGCCGGCCUGCGUGGUGGUGGCCGAGCGCUGGGGAGCCUCAACCUGCUGCCUCUGUGUACCUCCAGCCCCAGUCUAUGCCCCACAGCUUCCUCCCCGCUGCUCCGUGCUCUGCGCCCUCCCUCUCAGGUUUUGCUACUUCUGUGCUGAAUCCGCACGUGUAUUCUUUGAGAAGGUGCUGCCCUGGGUGGUGGUAAAGCCAAGGUACCUGUGGGUGGUGGUGCUGGGCGGCCUGGCAGUGUGCAGCGCUCUCGUCGUCUUCUAUCAUCCAGGCCUGCAGCUGCCAGACUCGCAGGAGUUCCAGCUGUUUGCCCGGGACCACCUGUUUGAGCAGUAUGACCUCGAGUACAAGUACAAAUUCUGGUUUGAGCGCAACCUUCGAAAGGACAUUGUCAACCACAUGCCGGUGAGGGUGGUGUGGGGCAUCAAGGCGGUUGACAAUGGAGACCACCUCAAUCCAGCCUCCAAAGGCACCCUGGUGUUUGACGAUGACUUUGACAUAGCCCACCCACAGUCCCAGCAGUGGCUGCGUGGUUUCUGUCGGGAGCUGCGUAACCAGAGCUUUUACCUGAACACGCUGGGGCCUCUGCUGCCGCACUGCUUCAUCGACACCUUCAAGCUGUGGAUGGAAGGGCGGCGCUGUCUGGACCCCAGCAACAAGACCCGCUACCCCUGCUGCAAGGACUCUGUCUUUCCUUUCCCUCGAUGGGUGUUUGACCUGUGCAUCCACCAGGGCAUUGAGGCGCUCUACGAGACCCCUCGGGAGUACUUCAUCCCUGGCGUGGCUGGGCCAAAGUUUAGUCGGGAGACGCAGAAGGUGGUGGCGGCUGUGGUGGAGUAUGACAGCAGCACACUCUGGUCACUGUCAUACACCACAAUGCACAACUUCUUUGAAAAGGUUGAGACGUGGGUGCAGGAGCAGAUGAAGGAGGCGCCCCAUGGGAUGCGUGGCGGCUGGUUCACUUCAUACCUUGAAUUUUACGACGUGCAGCGCUCACUGUCAGUGGGGACGGGCGUGGCGGUGGCGGUGGCUGUGGGGGUGAGCUUAGCGGUGCUGGUGCUCACCACACUCAACGUGGUGGUGAGUCUGCUGGCGGUGGUGAGCAUCAGCGCCGUCAUCUUGGUGACGCUGGCUGCCCUGGUGCUGCUGGGCUGGCGGCUCAAUGUGCUGGAGAGUGUGACGGUGAGUGUGGCCAUUGGCCUGGCCGUGGACUUCACUCUCCAUUAUGGGGUGGCCUACAAGUUGUCCCCAGAGGCCGACCGCGAGGCGUCCGUGUCCUGGGCCGUGGGCCGCCUGGGCAGCCCAGUUUUCAUGGCUGCCGCCACGUCCCUGGCAGCAGGAGUCUCCAUGCUGCCGGCCAAUGUGCUGGCCUACGUGCACAUCGGCACCUUCCUGACGGUCAUCACCUCCGUCUCUUAUAUAUACGCUACACUCUUCUACCUCCCGCUGCUGCGCAUCUUUGGCCCUGAGUCAGGCUGUGGCCAGCUGUCCUGCCCCAGGCUGUGCUGCUGCUCUUGCUGUGCUGGGAGUAGCCAGCAGCAUGUGGACAAGACAGUGUACCAGCAAGCCUACAUGAGCGAGUCCACCCUGUCCACCUCCAGCACCUCCUGCCCGCCCCCUCAGACCCACCCAUCUUCAGACACCCACGAGCUGGAGCCGCUGACAGCCAUGCGGCUCGCUGGUCGAGCCCGGCUGGUGCACACUCCCGCCCGUCACAAAGUUGGGCUGGCUGAGCCGGCCGCCCCGCCAGAAACCGUCGCCAACCACACCACGCCCCACGCUGAGGUGGGGCCACCCACCGGGAUGGGCCGUGCCGGCCGCUCUGGAUCUUUAUCUUCCUCUGUCAAUGGGCGAGACCACUCGACCUUCAUCCCUCGCAAAGUGUCUCUGCCCUCCCCUGGCGGGGCAGUGAGUGAGGGAGGGGAGCCCUCCCCCAGACAUGGUGUAGCCCCAGCCUCCUCGGCCACCACCAUCCUCUACUCUGAGCCAGACACUGACUGUGCCCAACAGAACCACCACUCCCAGGAUGGCGUGGCCAUGGGGCUGCCGGCCUUGGAGGCUGGCGCUGUGGUGGCAUGAGGAGACUGGGGGAAGGUGGUGCUAGGUUGAGGCUGUCAUUGUGAUAACAUAUUGCUCAUUCUCUUGUGUUUUGGUGUGGCGCUGUGUUGGAAAGGAGAGCUCCAAGGUGAGUGGGCAGCCUGGCCCCGGCCGGCGAGUGGCCGUGGGCGGUGAUGCAGGUGUUGCUGCUGUGUUGAGCAGGUACGUAACACUUGGCAUCAUAUAUACAUAGAAUCUAUAGAGGUAUUAUAUACACAUGUUUGAUGUUGUUGUAGGGGUGUGUCUGUUAAGGCUUGUGAAUAACAAACAUUUAAUUUUGUGAAUUGUUGAGAAUCAUGGAUAUUAAUUUAUGAUAGAAAAGACAAAUUUUUACAUCAUAUACAAUGAUCACUUGGUCUUUAUAAAACAGCAUCAUGCUGUCACUGUAAGUAACAGUGCAGUCUCAUUACUUUCAACGGUAACAAAGGUAUUGAGUGUUAAGUUUGAUAAAUUUAAAUUGUUUUUGAUAUUGAACAAUUUAUGCUUAGCCUCACAGUCUAAUAGCAACAAGACUUUUGCCUGGAGGGUUAGCUGAGCACCUUUGUAGAGCCACCUACCAAGCCAGUCAGUCUGUGUCCUGUCUCAGUAGCUCACUUCUCUAACCUGCCUUGUGCACUGCUUCAUUGGAAUCUCUGCGUUUCCCUGGCUCCCCGCGGCCAGAUGGAAGUAGUGUUGACGUAACGCAUAUUGACCAAGUUUCAAAAGUGACUUAUUGUGUACCUGUGUUGUUACUAUUUUGGUGUGCUGACGUGAGGUGACAGGUGUUGUUUAGAGUGACAGCCUUUUUUAAAUGUGGUGAUGUUGCAUACUAGUGCAUUUUUUUUUACAGAAUAGUAACUCCUUGAUCAGCAAUUUUCUUUUAUUUGAAAAUCAUAAUGAAGCAAAACUCAAGAACUCCCAAGACUUAACCCGAGGGUGUGUUCCUGGUGAAUCUGCUUUCCUAAAUUUGUAGAAAAUAAUGAGACAUGUUUAAUACCAAUGAUCAUCAUAAAACAAGGAGUUACUGCAUUACCAAAUUGAUAUUAAAGCAUAAUGAGCACAAACGCAUUGCACAGCUUCAGUCUGCACACAACCAGCCCCAUGAUGCACCGGGGCUUUGUGCACAACACAGCUCGGCACCAACCACGACAACAACCAACACUAUGGGACGAGUAGUUUCAUGGCCGCGUGAGCACCGUUGCCAGGUUAUUGUACUCAGAGCAUGGUGUUUACUGGUUUCUGACGCGUAACUAUUGGCAAGAAACAUCAGGAAUUAACUAUUUUAACGAUAAAUAUAAAUGAAUCUAGUUAUUGGUACACAGGAUCGGAAGUUGGUUAACCUGGUGGCAGCGACGGGCCAAAUUUGUGCCAUGAUAUAAACCCCCAAAAUAGAUGAUAUAUAAUCUGAUAACAAAUGCUUUGAUGUAUAUUAUGAAAUGGUUUGUGUGAGGGGUGAUUUUUUCUCAUUUUUCUCGCUUGGUGGGACCAUUAACAAACAUGAUCCCCGCUGCUACCAGGUUAAUACAAGAGGCUUAGUACGACAAUCUGGCAUCGUUGCGCGUGAGCUGUGUCAUGAUGUUAAUGUGAGCAGUGACCAUUUGUUGAUCUCCAAAGUGAUCUGAGCUCUUCUUAUUCUUCUGCUUCAGCCACCCUUGUGAGGGGGUUCCAGAGAGCAGAUAUGUGACAGGUAGAAAAGGUUGAAAUGAUCUGAUACAAUCUUAUCUGGUUUAGGUGUAUGUGGAGGGUGGCAGGGAGGCCAUAGCCUGGGACCACGUUGUCCAGAGUUACUUAUGCAGCGUGGUUAAUUAUUCUUGCUUGUUUUGUCAAGUUGAAAUGUAAAAAAUAUCUUUGUAAGAUUUAUGCAAACAGUGUGUGGACUGUGUUGAGGAGGGACUCAAUUUUGUGUUCUGUUUUGCUGGGCUUCUGAGGCUCGGCAGAACAGCGGAACAAGUGAUGUGGCGGCAGACUGUUUCUGAGGUCUGUUCUUUGUCAACAGUGACAUGGUGAUAAUUUUGUUGUGUCCUUCAGGAAGUAUAAUGUAUAGUGCAGUAUACCAUGUGAGGUGUGUGUAUAGGACUCAAGAAACCAAACCCAAGCCUGUUGCUCACAAUCCCUCUCACUACACUGCAGUCAACCCUCACUUUAACAGCUCACAGUUCAAGACUUGCCUUUCCACUGAUCCAGACGUGCUGGAUUGAACAAAGCAUUUGCUUUCCAUCCACUCUUUUUGCCUGACCAGUGUAUAAACAUUAGACUGCACACGCCCUGUGCAGAGUUUCCUUACAGUUUCCAUUGAUAUACAUGGAACUAAGCAUCACUUAGCCUAACUACUUUAUCAGCUUAUGUGAGAAGUAAGACCAAUGGUUUCUGCUGAAUCAAGAACUAAUUUAAAAUAAUUUUGUUAAACUGAGGGUUCACUGAACACUUCAUUAUUAAUUAUGUAGGGGAAGUAAACUGCUGAAUAUUGCUUCACAGAAAGCCUCAGAUCUUCCAGAAACUGUUCUGAGCGUCUCUCACACAGCAAAGCCCAAAGUGAACUUUACUUCAUAAAAUGAACUUUUUUAAUCAUCAGAAAACUGAAAACUUGCCCUUUACCUUGUACUGACCUCAGCACAAUUAUGUAAGUGGGGAAGUGAUGCUUAGAUGAGUACACACAUUUUGAAACGUUUGUCAUGAGGACAGCAGUACCAAGAUGAACAUAUAUAAACCAAAUUGCCUCGUAUCAAUAUUCAAAAUGUCUAAAUUGGCUAACAAAAAUGCAAAUAUGGCAGUGGAUUUCUGGAGCCAUUUCCCCUCCCUGCACCGAGGGCCUUGCUGUUAGGUCGUGUGAGUGAACGCUCCUCCAGACACAGCAGUGUUCUUCUUUGUUCGCUGCUCAUCCAAAGAACAAAAUAUGCACAAAAACUUUGCUUUGACAUAUUUUCCUUAUCUUUCCUCUUCAUGCAAGGAACUUUCCCUACCUUUCCCUGCAUUUACAUCCCCUGCUCUGCUUCUUUCCACAGCCUCAUUCCCUCUCCUUCCUUGCCUUCCCUUCCAUCUUCACCUUCCCUCCCCGUCCUGCGCUGGCGAAGGACGGGUUCACUUCCUCCUCAUAAAAAGUUAAGGUGAAUGACAGACGGGCAUUGGUGGUCGUCAACAAGUUACAAUUUGAGAAACAGAUGAAAGGUAUUGGCCAAAGGUUUGAAAAUUGUGUUGUGUUGUGUUGUGUGUACUUUCUGAGGAGAAGAAACUGUGUGUGUUGAUUAAGGGACUAUUAAGGAAUUUUUAGAAUACGUUAAUUUUUUUAUGUAUUUAAUAUGUUAGGCAUUUCAAAAUCCAUAAAUUAGAAUGACAUAUAUUCUAUUACUUCUUUAAUUGUCAAAGCACUAUCACUGGUGCUUACUUUUUUCCUAUUAUUGCUUCAUAAUUAAUCUUCGGCAAUUUCAUUUUAUUUGUCUGAAUGUUGAGUUUCAUUUUUAGUUUCAGUGAGUUGAAUUUUUUUACCUUAUUUUUUUUAUAAUUUGGACUGAGGAGUAAAAGAUGUCAGGCUUUCAUUGAGAAAUGAGUAACAAGAGGUGCAUGUGAUGAUGUGUUGAGAAUUUGGAUUUUCAAAGGUGUAACUAAUAAAUAAUUGGUUUUGUAAGCGAUGAGAGGUGGAUGUAGUGUUCAGAGGGUUUAAAGGUGUAACAAAACAAUUGGCUUCAGUAUUUCACUGGUUGGGAUGCCAUGAGUGGUGACAGGGCGGGUGAUUUUCACGGUUGGGAGACGUUAAGAAAGAACGAACAUGACAUCGGUAUAUUAAGAAUUAGUCGUAGCCAUAUUUAUGUAAGUCAACUUGUAUAAAUAAAAUGUACUAUAUUUUCA